CUCACCCGCCUCCGACAUCCGCUUUGAAUUUCGUUUCUCGUGGAGGAGCUGCAACAUGCCUUGCAUAUUUAAUCCCGGUUACAUCGGACCCGAUCCGCCGUGCUGUGACCCGGAUUGCGAGGAGGAGGGGCACUGCACUGUUCCGGAGUGCGGGGUUUGUCCAGAGUCCCAACUACCUCGCUGCAAUCCCGCCCCGGAUCCAAAAACCAAGGCUGAGCAGCAGCCACCGAAACAGGAGCACCAGAAGUAGAAGGUAGUGAAGAACAAAGGCGGAUCAGUGGAGAGCUUAAUAACUAUAGAACUGUCCUAUUGAAAUGUUUCUAAAGACCAAGCCAACAUAACAUAGCAUAUACAAUAAACUCCUUGCUUAUUAUCUGAA